AAGCAUGGUUAAAAGUUCAAGUAAACCAAGGGUCGUAAUUUGAGCUCCCUGUAUAGUGAGUGGAGAAAUGACGUUUUGAAAAAGUACCGAUAGUGUUGUAUUAUCCUUAAAGUUAAUAUAUGAUUUCAAAGUUUCAGACCGUUCUUAAAUGUAUAUAUUUACAUAUCGUAAUUUGUAACUUUUUUAUUGGUUUCUCUAUCAUCGCUUAACCCCCACAGGUUUACAUAACCUUGUAAUUAUGGCCGCUAUAGGUACCUGGGCUUUCUCAUAUCCGGUUGUGAAGAAAAUGAAGCUUCACCUUCUGCAGCAGAAACCGGCCACAGACUGCGUAGAGGAAUCCUUAGCAGAAGUUGAAGAUAAUCUGGAAACAGGGAAGUACAUUGUUGGUAGAGGUGGUUACCCAAAUAGAGAUGGCCAAGUUCAGUGCGAUGCAGCUAUCAUGGAGGGAAGACCAGGUCGAUUUGGAGCUGUUGCAGCCUUGAGCUGCAUUGGUACUCCUGUUUCUGUGGCUCGACAGAUUAUGGAGAAAAGUAACCAUAGCAUGCUGGUAGGAGAAGGAGCUCUAGCUUUUGCCAAGGAUCAGGGAUUCAAAGUGGAAGAUAACAAAAGAAUGCUGUCAUCAGAAAGUGCAACAGCCUAUCAGGACUUCAUGGAAAAGAAGAAGGAAUGUAAGGGUCAUGACACCUUGGGGUUGAUUGCACUUGAUUUAGAUGGAAAUAUUGCUGUGGGUGUAUCUUCUUCUGGAAUUCCCUUUAAAUCAUCUGGGAGAGUCGGAGAUUCUCCACUACCUGGAUGUGGACUUUAUGCUGACAGCAGGGUUGGUGCUGCUGCAGCAACUGGCGAUGGAGACAAGAUAAUGUGUUUUUGUCCAAGCUUUCAUGUUGUUCAUCUGAUGAAGCAGGGGGUAUGUCCUGCUGAUGCCUGCCAGGCUGUGUUAAAUGAUAUUCAAGAAAGAAUUGGAACUAAAGAUAUGUUUGAAAUUGGAUUAAUUGCAAUGAAUAUUAAGGGUGAUGUUGGAGCAGCUUCUUCAGUUGAAUUUCCUUACGCUUUCUGGCAUAAUGGAAGAGAAGAUGUUCAACUUCACACCCAGUUACCAAUUUAGCAUCUAACCUGUUCUUUACAUUAGCCAAGAUCAUCUUUGCAAACAGUUUGCAAAAAUACUAGAAAAGCAAUGAGAAUUUGGGUAAGGAUAACAAUAACCACUGAUACCAAGAUAAGCGAAGAAGGUACUGCCAGGAUAUCUGACCCAUACUGGUAACUUGAUGUUAAACGUUACAGAGCAUGAUCGUGUGUUUAUUGUAACAUUUGAGUUCUAAGAGGAGAUGCACAAUAUGAGCAACUUCUUCCUGGGGUUACAGAAAAUUCCUGAAGAGACUGCAACGGACUGAUUCUGAAACAAGUGUAUAGAAGACAAUAAUUUGGGGAACCAUUUCAUAUAGAAAAAUAAAGCACUGUACUACAGUAUAUAAAGCCACAAUUUAUCUCUUGCACACACAAAGGAUAUACAGCACUGUCACCAGUUUGGUAGUCAUUAUGAGCAGCUCUUAAAUAACUUUUUCAAAUGGUGCACAUUGCAGCAUUUAUUUAUACAUUUGAGUGUGGAAUCAGACUGCAAGGUAUCGUGCUGUGGUAAAGAAUUUACUUGAACCGUCUACCUGUAAACACCUUUUAUCUUAAAAAAGAGCCAGCAAAGAGAAAUUCUGAGCCCCCCAUUUGACAUUUCAAAUAGAUUAAACAUGCUGAAGAAGAAGAGGAUUUAAACAGUGUCUGCUUGCCACAAGCAAUACAAGAUUUAGUCACUUCUUAGGCCUCAUUUAUUUUAUUGUAUGUUUUAUAGGACACAGUGAUAUUCCAUCAUAAAAUGUACGUUUUGCACUUUUGUACUGUUGUGUAAAUAAGACUCCUCCACACCAAUACAGUUAUUUCUAGCUUUGUGAA